GCUGAAUCUCAGCACUUCUGGUCAGCUCUGACCUGUUCCCGAUUCCAUGAAAUGGAUCCCUCGUGGCGAGAUCGAUUGCAGGGACCCGGGUUCAUAGAUAGCAGAAAUGACCAUGACCGCCAACAAGAAUGCCAGCAUCACCCACGGAGCCGGAGGGUCUAAGGCGCCCCGGGAGACGCUGGGACGGUCUCAGUCGGUCUCUCCGCCCCCGGUCCUUUCCCCGCCGAGGAGCCCGGCCUACCCGCUCAGUGACGGCGAAGCCUCGGCCGGCCGAUUCUCCCACGUCCCCAGCUCCCGGCUGCUCCUCAAGGAUUGGAGUCCCCGGAGGACCCCGUCGAGUGGCCCGCUCUCGCCCCCCUCGGAUCUCGCCCCCACCGGCCGCCCCCUCAAGACCACCGGCGUCGGCCGCCCGGACAAGAGACUGUCGGCCUCCGGAGGGGAGGAACAGAAGGAGAACCUCCAGGGGGCGGCCCAGGCCGGGGAGGCGGUAGCCGGCCGCCCCCUCGCUCAGAGCCCGCUCCCCCCGGGCCCGGGCCCAAAUCCGAGGAGCCUCUCCCUGGGCCGCCCCGGUGCCCGCGCCCAGACCCUGGGCGUCCGGCAGAAGAUCUCAGCAUGGGAAGGCCGCCGAGAGGCCCCGCCCCGGACCGGUCUGUGUGCGGACAGGCGGGAGGGCCCCAGGGGCGAGCGGUCCGGCAGUGAGAGCUGCCCCAGCGUGCUGCCCUCCCCCUGCGGCUCGGACAAGGCCUUCGACUUCAAGGGCUUCCGCAGGAUGAGCAGGACGUUCUCCGAAUGCUCCUACCCCGAGACGGAGGAGGAGGAGCCGCCCCCGCCCCUCACCCCUGCCCGGGACCCCGGCCCUCGGCUGGAGAAGAGGCCUAGCCGGCCGGAGCCCGCCAACACCUUCCUCAAGGGCCACGCCCGCAAGGAGAGCUCUGCGGUGCUGAACCGCAUCCAGAAGAUUGAGCAGGCCCUGAAGGAGCAGCCGGGCCGCGGCCUGCCCCAGCUGCCCAGCAGCUGCUACAGCGUGGACCGCGGGAGAAGGCGGACCCUGCCCGCCGGGGAGGACCGGGCUCGGGGCGCCAGCGGCGGCCGGGGCGGGGGCCCCGCCGACUCCCCCCCCGAACCCGAGGGGAGCGGAUCCGGCCAGCCGGGGUCCCCCGCGGGAUGCCCCGACCUGCCGCCGGACGGCCCGCCCGACCCGGCCGUCAACCCCGUCCCCAAGCCCAAACGCACCUUCGAGUACGAGGCCGACAAGAACCACAAGAGUAAGCCGAGCAACGGUCUACCUCCUUCCCCCACGCCUGCUGCUCCCCCGCCUCUCCCCUCCACCCCGGCCCCUCCGGUCACCAGAAGACAGAAGAAAGACCCGCGCUUUCAUCGCAAGUCCCAAAAUAGAAAGUCCUUUGAGUUUGAGGAUGCCUCCAGCCUUCAGUCCCUCUAUCCCUUAACCCCUACCGAGAAUGGUACCGAGAGCCAGCACAAGUUUGGAUCCAAGAGCACUUUAGAAGAGAACGCCUACGAGGACAUCGUGGGAGAUCAGCCCAAGGAGAAUCCCUAUGAAGAUGUGGACUUGAAGGGCCGACCCACGGGGCGAAAAUCCCAGCCGUUGUCCGAGAACUCCCUAGACUCUUUGCACAGGAUGUGGACUCCCCAGGAGAGGAAGUACACCAACCCACCCCAGCUGACCCUGAAGUCCGGCAGCCACUCCCUGCGCGUCGGGAACUGGUCGGAGAGGAAGAGCCAGCGGGUGCCGCGGUUACCCAAACGGCACAGCCACGACGACAUGUUGCUGUUGGCCCAGCUGAGCCUGCCCUCCUCCCCGUCCAGCCUCAACGAGGACAGCCUCAGCACCGCCAGCGAGCUGCUCUCCAGCCGACGGGCCCGCCGCAUCCCCAAGCUGGUGCAGAGGAUCAACGCCAUCUACAGUGCCAAAAGGGGGAAGAAGAGGUUAAAGAAGCUGUCCAUGUCCAGCAUCGAGACGACCUCCCUGAGAGAUGAGAAUAGCGAGAGUGAGAGUGACUCAGAUGACCGGUUUAAAGCUCACACGCAGCGUCUGGUCCACAUCCAGUCCAUGCUGAAGAGAGCCCCCAGCUACCGGACCCUAGAGCUGGAGCUGAUCGAGUGGCAGGAGCGGGAACUGUUCGAGUACUUCGUGGUGGUGUCUCUCAAGAAGAAGCCUUCCAAAAACACCUACCUCCCCGAGGUCUCCUACCAGUUCCCCAAGCUGGAAAGACCCACGAAGCAGGUGCGAGAAGCCGAGGAGCGGCUCAAAGCUAUCCCUCAGUUCUGCUUUCCCGACGCUAAGGACUGGCUCCCCGUGUCCGAAUACAGCAGCGAAACCUUCUCGUUCAUGCUCACUGGUGAAGACGGCAGCCGGAGAUUUGGCUACUGCAGGCGGCUGCUGCCCAGCGGGAAGGGGCCCCGGCUCCCCGAGGUGUAUUGUGUCAUCAGUCGGCUGGGCUGCUUUGGCUUGUUCUCCAAGAUCCUCGAUGAGGUGGAGCGGCGGCGAGGGAUUUCGGCAGCCUUGGUGUAUCCGUUCAUGAGGAGCCUCAUGGAGUCCCCGUUCCCCGCCCCGGGGAAGACCAUCAAAGUCAAGACAUUCCUGCCGGGUGCUGGGAAUGAGGUGCUGGAGCUGCGGCGGCCCAUGGAUUCGCUUCUGGAGCACGUGGACUUCGAGUGCCUCUUCACCUGCCUCAGCGUGCGCCAGCUCAUCCGCAUCUUCGCCUCCCUCCUGCUGGAGCGGCGGAUUAUCUUCGUCGCCGACAAGCUCAGCACCCUGUCCAGCUGCUCGCACGCUGUGGUGGCCCUGCUGUACCCCUUCUCCUGGCAGCACACCUUCAUCCCCGUCCUCCCGGCCUCCAUGAUCGACAUCGUCUGCUGCCCCACCCCGUUCCUGGUCGGCCUGCUGUCCGGCUCCCUGCCCAAGCUGAAGGAGCUGCCCGUGGAAGAGGCUCUCAUGGUAAACCUGGGAUCUGACCGGUUCAUCCGACAGAUGGACGACGAAGACACGCUCUUGCCCCGGAAGUUACAGUCGGCUCUGGAGCAGGCUCUGGAGAGGAAAAACGAGCUGAUCCACCAGGACUCGGACAGCGAUUCCGACGAGGAGUGUAACACGCUGAACGGGCUGGUGUCGGAGGUGUUUAUCCGGUUCUUCGUGGAGACCGUCGGCCACUAUUCCCUCUUCCUGACCCAGAGCGAGAAGGGCGAGCGGGCUUUCCAGCGAGAGGCCUUCCGCAAGUCCGUGGCCUCCAAGAGCAUCCGCCGCUUCCUGGAGGUCUUCAUGGAGUCCCAGAUGUUUGCCGGCUUCAUCCAGGACAGAGAGCUGAGGAAAUGCCGAGCCAAGGGCCUGUUUGAGCAGCGAGUGGAACAGUAUUUGGAAGAACUUCCAGACACGGAGCAGAGCGGCGUGAACAAGUUUCUCCGAGGCCUGGGGAACAAAAUGAAGUUUCUUCACAAGAAGAAUUAAUCCCUUCCCUCCCCGGCCCCAGCAGGGCCACCGCCGGGAGACUAUUUAUGAGACGUUCGGGGCCUCCGGACCCCCGCUGGCUCCCCGGAACGUUCCGGGGCCGGGGGCGGGGGGCGGACGGGGGGCCCCGCCGACGCGCCCCCGCCUUUCCAGCCCCCCGGCCGUCACCCCCGCCCCAGAAGCCGCCACUGACCCCGCCGACCACAGCCAAAGAGCCCCUGCCUCCGAUCCCCUCGGCUCGGUGUUUGUACAUAAUCUGCUGUAAACUCUCUUCGCCGGUUCGGUCACCAGCAAGGAGGACCGCGGGGGCGCCGGGUGUAUAUUCCCCCGAGGACUGGGCACCGUCUGGCCGGAGAAGGGACCGACCGAGCCGCCCUCGGGGCCGGGGGCCGGCCCGGCCCGCCCGGGGCCUCGUGGGGCCGGUGGGCCGAGGGGACGGCCCAGGUGGCCUCCGCGCCGAGUUUCUCUUUUUCUCCGGUUUCCUUCCCGGAAGGUGAGGGCCGCCGAGGCGAGGUCCGGGCCCCCGGCCGGCCCGGGCGGGACGGGACAGUUGGCGUCGGGCGGCCGGCGGCGGCGCCCCGACGCC